GCAGCGGCGCAGGGGGCGGUGGCUACGAGGGGGCUGUGGAGCAGGCGGAAGAGGCGUCUGUGCCGGCGGCUAGGUCGCAGAGAAACAUCGUUGGGAUCAGCGACUAUCAUCUGUUCCACAAGAUGAGUAACAGCCACCCUCUUCGCCCCUUUGCUGCAGUGGGGGAAAUUGAUCAUGUGCACAUUUUGUCUGAACAUAUUGGUGCCUUGUUGAUUGGGGAAGAAUAUGGUGAUGUCACAUUUGUGGUGGAAAAGAAACGUUUUCCUGCCCACAGGGUCAUUUUAGCAGCCAGGUGCCACUAUUUUCGAGCACUACUGUAUGGUGGAAUGCGAGAGUCUCAACCUGAAGCAGAAAUCCCUCUCCAAGACACCACGGCGGAAGCAUUCACAAUGCUACUCAAAUACAUCUACACUGGGCGGGCAACGCUGACAGAUGAGAAGGAGGAGGUGCUGCUGGACUUUUUGAGCUUAGCUCAUAAAUAUGGAUUUCCAGAGCUGGAGGAUUCUACCUCUGAGUAUCUCUGUACCAUACUUAACAUUCAGAAUGUCUGUAUGACUUUUGAUGUUGCCAGUCUCUACUCGCUUCCCAAGUUAACUUGUAUGUGCUGCAUGUUUAUGGACAGGAAUGCUCAGGAGGUGCUAUCAAGUGAAGGUUUCCUCUCCCUUUCCAAGACAGCACUUUUAAACAUUGUAUUAAGAGAUUCAUUUGCAGCUCCUGAAAAAGAUAUUUUCCUAGCUUUGUUAAACUGGUGUAAACACAAUUCAAAGGAGAAUCAUGCUGAAAUCAUGCAGGCUGUGCGUUUACCUCUGAUGAGCCUCACUGAACUUCUGAAUGUUGUGAGGCCUUCUGGACUCCUGUCUCCUGAUGCCAUUCUGGAUGCUAUUAAAGUACGAUCAGAGAGCCGGGAUAUGGACCUCAAUUAUAGAGGCAUGCUCAUACCAGAAGAAAAUAUUGCAACUAUGAAGUAUGGAGCCCAGGUUGUAAAAGGAGAGCUGAAGUCUGCCUUAUUAGAUGGUGAUACUCAAAAUUAUGAUUUGGAUCAUGGAUUUUCCAGGCACCCAAUUGAUGAUGACUGCCGUUCAGGCAUUGAAAUCAAGCUAGGUCAGCCAUCCAUUAUCAAUCACAUACGGUUACUCCUCUGGGACCGGGAUAGCCGGUCUUACUCAUACUUCAUUGAAGUAUCAAUGGAUGAACUGGAUUGGAUCAGAGUGAUAGAUCAUUCUCAGUAUCUGUGUCGUUCUUGGCAAAAAUUAUAUUUUCCAGCCCGUGUCUGCAGGUUAGUUCUUGUGGUUAAGAUGAUUUUGAUUUGUAUUACUAUAUAGGAAGAUUUGGAUUUUGGGAAGCAGACUGUGUCUUUUAUCUCAUGCAAGAAGAGUUUUUCAGGUUGUCAAACUACCAAACACAUCCAAAGUAAAAAACUUAGGGCAAAUAUGGACAAUUACAUGUCUUAAUAUUUAGAGCUUCUUGUGGAACUAUUUAUCCAAAAUGUUUUAUACCGUAUAUUUGUAAUAGAAAUGUGAAUGAAUAAGAAAGGACACUUGAGAAGUAGAAAUGCUUUUAAAACUCCAUGCUAUACAUUGAAAGCAGAAUUAUUGUUAGAAGGUAUGUUCUUCCCAUGAAAUCCACAAAAGAUGUGCCUGGAGGUUUUCCUGGCAAUGCUCAGGGCCAGGGGAGGAUUUUUGGAUUCCAGUGUGCAUGUUUUUCUCUAGGACAGUGCUUAUCAAAUGAGGUUUGACAGAAUAGAUGUUUCAUGUGGAGUUGAGUUUGGGGUGAAGGAGGCUCCAGCCUCAC